UUGCCUUUGUUACCUUCGCUUAGCUGAAGCAAACCCAAAGAAUCGUUUUGAUUCAUGAUGUGAUAUGUGACUAGCUACAGAUUAGAAUUUUCUACGAUGGCAACUCGAGUGAAAAGAGAUCAUGUGCUGCUUUAUAUAGUUGAAGGGACGUUUAACCGGCCGUAAUCGACAGUUGUUUGUAUUUUUCAAAAAAGCACAAUACAAAAAUGAAUACCAAGCCACCACCUCUUACCAUUACACUUGCUCCUGGUGUUCCAGUAAAAGUUCAUCUUGGACUCACAGUGUCAUUCACCAUACUAUAUGGUCUUCUGUUCUUUCUAAUUAUGUGGCAACUACUUCUUAUUUUGUAUCACAAACAUAGACGCUUAUCAUAUCAAUCUCUAUUUCUGUUCACCUGUUUGGUAUGGGCAGGUCUGCGUACAACCUUAUUUGCAUUUUACUUCAAGAACUGUGAGUUGUCAAACACAUUAAAUCCAUUUUGCCAUUGGUUAUUAUUUGCGUUGCCAGUGUAUCUUCAAUAUAAUAUGUUAAGCAUAUUAGUGUUCUAUUUUGUACUGGUUGUAGCGAAAGUAGUCACGCCAACAAAAUUAAAGAAAGUCAAAAUCAAAGUAUUUGUUGUCAUCCUGCUUUCCAACGUGCUCUUCUUGGCAGCAAACAUUUCAAGUUCGCUCUACAACCCCUCAAGGAAAUAUGCCCAAACUGUUGUUAUUUUAAGAGUCUCAUUAGAUUACUCCAUUUUCUUAUGUGCAGCAUUGGUACUCUGCUACUGCAUUAUAAAGUUGACCCGUGUAAAUUCCGCAAAGAUGUUUUUGGAAGGACAGGGUGUAUCAUUUUGUCAAGCUAUUACUGUGUGUGGAAUAAUUGCAUUAUUAUACAUUACCCGAGCCAUCUACAAUAUUCUUGCUGUUUCACCCAUCCAUAUGCCCACCUUUAAUUAUGGAUGGAUCAAUGUAUCUGACCAAGGUGAAGUUGGAUAUGAUGGCAUUGUGAAACAUACAACAGAAGAUUAUGCAUUUAUUUCAUUUGGCAUUGUACUCUUCAUUUGGGAGUUGCUUCCAACUUUUACUACUGUUUGGUUUUUUCGUGUAAGGCAACCAGAUUGCAGAAUUUCUUCUUCUUCAAUCAAAUCUGACAGCUUUCACAGCAAGUCUUUCUUUUUUGAUAAUCCAAAUCGGUACGAUUCUGACGAUGAUUUAUCCAUUGCCUACAAUACACCACCUGGUUUUUCCUAUGGAGGCUUACUUGAUAUACCACCCUUUGGAAGUCCAAAAUCAUAUGGCAGUCCAAAGAAUAGAAAAAGUAUCAAUGAGCACAGUAUUUUACGCAAAAAUAUUGAUUGUUAUGGCUCUGUUCCACCAAUGGGUAACACAGCCUCACCGGCAAGUUUCGCAUCCCACCAUAUACGUGGAACCACCCCUCCAUUACUAUAUUCCACAUCAGCAGACACCACCAACCCAUAUAGACCAGUUACACAGGAUGUAGAGUGAUUUUUUUGCCUAUAAUUUAAGUCCAAUAAGGUUUAAUUGUAAAAUUGUUAUGAAUGACCACAAGUUAAGCAGUCAAGCUCAAUGUGUAAAAAAAAUGUUGUUAAUAGUGUGAAAAAACUUGACCAAAUAAAAAUUAGAAGAUAUAUCAAUGUACCGAUCAUAAGGUGGGUUUCCACUUAAAGAAAAGUAGUCGAAUCGACUGACGUUGAUCCAAGAAAGUAGAAAGCAAUCCUGUUUUUGCGUCAGCCAAUUUGACCAAUUCUGUGUAAGUAGAAACCUGCCUUAUUCAUGUGUCAUGGUUUUACAUGGUAGUGAGUAAAAUUUUAUCAUUUUGUUAUUGAUUAUGUUAUGAGAAAUUCUUGAUUUUGUUUCUUUUAUGAUAAUAUCAUGGAAUUUUGCAGAUUUUCAUCUUUAGCAGGACCUUUCUUAUAUUUUCCUAUGUUUUUUUAAGUGAUAUUUUUUCUGCAGAUUGUUGGACGACAGUUAUGGCAAUUAAAGUUUUUAAUAAUGCUUAGAUUAUAAAAUAUGGAUAUACAAGCUUUAAUUAUGAGAUGACCUUGUUUGUUUGUUUAAAAAUGUUUUAAGAAAGUCUUUAUUCUGUCAAUUUUUUAUCAAUAAUUGUUAUUUGAUCUAUAUACUUUUAAUUUCAAUUUGUAAUAUAGUACACAAUUUUUUUAUAAGAACACUAGGCUUCAAAUAGUUUGCUUUAAAUAAGGAUAUUGACAGAGUUUGCAUGGGUUACUGAAAGUCUGCUUUAAACACUUUGAACUUUCAAAGCUAACAAUUACAUUGCAAUAGAAACUAAUUUUUGUACUUUUUGUUCUUAUUCAAAAAUUGUGUAGGGCAGUAAUUAAAAUGAAAAUGUAGAUUCAUUUUUGUGAGACUGAUUGCAACAAUAUAACUUAUUUUUUUGAUUAAGAAAGAGUAAUCCUGUUUUUAGAGUUAUAAUUUUGCUUUUGCUCUCUAAAUAAAAUUUGUAUAUCUUCUUUCUGAAAUAUUACAAUUUGAGUGACAAUUGACGUCUUUUUAUUGAUCAGUGUGUUGCAGUGGCAAAAUUAAUGAAAAAAAUUGACUUUUUGUCUCCAAACAUUGUCUAUUUUUAAAAUAAUAUUUGUUUUAGAUAAAAUGUUCGAUUUUUUUUAAUUUUAGGCCAUUUUUGCUUAUAUUAAUUUAAAACAAGUUAUUUUUAUAUCCUUGUGUAAUAAAUUUGCAUGUAACAAUAACAAAGUUUGUAAAGCAAAGUUUUAUUAUAAGGAAACUAAUUAACGUUAACCAAAUGGUAUGUGUAUAAAUUGAAUAGUAUAUUUUAGAACAUGCUCUUUGCAAUUAAGUAAAUCCAGUGCAGGAAGCAAACAUUUUUGAUAUUGUGCAUUGUGCUAUGUAUAUGUGUUUUCGUCUUUCAAUUACUUUGUUUAUAUAAAAUUUUAUUGUUUGUUUUAGGUUUUUUUGAUUGGUACUUUUUGUUUUUUGUGUGUUACGUCAUAUGUUUUUUUUACUGACAAGCAAUUACUGCUGAUAGUACGAUCUUGUAAAACUCACUGAAUAUUGAUAUAUUAAAUAAAAUAUUUCAUAAAUUUAAAAUUUUCUUUAA